AUGACUGAUGAACACUGGCUGAAAGUAAACGGAUGUAUCGGUAUGAGCGAUAUGAGUGAUUAUGUUACUUUAGAACAGUUGCCUUUAAAUAUAAUAUUUGGUAUUCUCACAUACUUAAGUCUUCAGGACUUACAGAAUGUUGCCCAGACCUGCAAGCUUUUGAGGGUUCUUUGUAAUGAGAGCAUUGCAUAUGGAAAGUAUUCUAAGGAUUCUAGCGUGAGGACAUCACGAACUCGACGGUUGAUGCAAGACUUUCUGUCUAUAUGUGAUGAUAGGCGAAAGAUAAUUAGGACUCUGACAAAUUAUAAUCUCACGAUUACAGAGGCUUUGGGAUACAUACAAACUCGGAUGGAUCUUGGCUCUUUCGACUUAGCCUACUCAGGAUCCGACGGUGAUGAGCAAACAUAUUGGAAGGCUAAACCGCACAACACAGAUGCUUUUAAAAGCACGACUAGUCCUCCUGACGGUGCAGAUAUCGUGGAAGAUUUGAGGUGUCCACAUUCGGGUUUAGACGAAUCAACACAACGGCAGGGUUUCGAAUGUGAUAGUGAACUCUCUGUUGAACCAGGCGAUCAGGAUGAUGAGGUUCCUUAUCUCGAACGAUCUCCGAUGCGUGUCUAUACCCCGCAGCUUCCACAUUCUGUCGUCCCAACAACAUUUAGGAAAAGGGCAGCCAGUGACUAUGACGGCUUGACCUAUUUGAAAAUACUUAAAGGUGCUUAUACGAUGGUUAUUACCUCUCCAAUAAAUACAAGAAGUUUACAAAGCAAGGAUAAUACUGAUAUAGAUAGAACUCCAACAAGAUCACGUAUUCAACACCAUCAGAUAGAUACAGUCUCUGGAAAAAAUUAUGUUACACCUAAUUCUGGGUCUUCUAACCAUCACAGGCUGUCGCCAGAAGCACUUUCAUUCCAUGUUUCACCCCAUUCAUCUCAUGGUGAUUCAGGAAGCUCGAUUUUUUCUGACACACCAAGGCUGUCAGAUGCUAUGAAUGCCCGUAGCUGGACAAUGGGCUACGAGUUGGAUCAUGUUUUUGAUGGACACUCUGGAGACUCAGAUUCCACUAACCCUACCGAGUAUAUUAAGCAAUUGCAGAAUUCGGUGAAGGUAAAGGACAAAGCAGUACUAUUUGAAAAAUUAUUAACUGAAAGUGCACAAAGAGCAAAAAUUAAAAGAGUAAAUGGCACAUUAUUUUUGGAAUCCAAAAGGGAUAUCUCACGGUGCUAUUUGGAAGAAUUGGAAAGGUGUAACUCAAAUGCACCGUUGGUAUCGCCAGACGACGCCAUCUCGAAUGCAAACGAUGAGGUAUGGGAUAAAAUAGCCCACACCGCAGUACAAGAGGGCUGGAAUAAAAUGAAGCGAGUCGAAAGAAAGUAUUCAAAUUCUGUCAACUCUCGUAGCACUCCUCAGAGAAGAACACAGCUCAAGGCUUUUGUAACUAAUGAUAAUAGAAUUUGUUAUGAAAGACUGUAG